UUCUGCUAACACCGUCGUGGGGGGAGGGGGGGUGGAAUGUCAAAUUGGUCCUUUUUAGCACCUGUGUGAAACUUUGACUUUUCGUAUACUCGCUCCUUUUUUUCACCCCCCAUGAAGAUGUCUGAACCCGACGCUUCGUCUGGCUUUGCAGGUGGUGUGGAGAAUGGGACUUUCCUCGAGCUGUUCCCCACAUCCCUGUCCACCUCGGUGGACCCCUCCUCGGGCCACCUGUCCAACGUCUACGUCUAUGUGUCCAUCUUCCUCAGCCUCUUGGCGUUUCUGCUUCUGCUCCUAAUCAUUGCUCUCCAGAGACUCAAAAACAUCAUCACCUCCAGCUCCUCCUACCCGGAAUAUCCAAGUGAGGCUGGAAGUUCUUUCACCAACCUGGAAGUCUGCAGCAUUUCCUCUCAAAGGUCCACUUUUUCAAACCUUUCAUCCUGAAGACAAUGGAAGAAUUCAGCCGUUUGGGCCGUCCCUUACAGAAGGGUCGAAGGAAGUGUCACCUCAUGGGAGAAAGAAUCCUUUUGGUGUAGACCGGCUUUCCCUGCUCCUUCAUCACUGCUUUCUUGUCCAUUCGUGAUGCUUUCCAUGUGUAAAUGGAGAAACUGAGGCCGGCAGAAAUGAGUGCGAACCUGGGGUUGCAUAAUUUCACGCAGAUGGCUUGACAGAUCUGGCUGGGCUUCCUCCGGGUGAGUCAUCUUGUGGCACCGUGUUGGACGCGGUAAACUCACCUAAGACAGCCUCUCGGGGAUGCUGGACGUGGCCUUGGCACUUCAUUUCUCUGAUGGAACCGUGAACCCCAGAGAGCCCUCCGAAACUGGCAAAACUAAGUCCAAACUAUUGAGAAGACAUUUUCGGUGUUUAAAAGAUAGAGUGAAGACACCAAAUUUAACAAAGAAGAGAGAGUCCGUUUAGAUGUAAUGUAUAACAUUUCUAAAACGGGGCAUAAAAACGGGCUAAAUAUUUUCUUUCAUUUCACUUGAGCAAAUGCAAAUCACAUUUAUGGAUGACUGUAUGUCAUCUGGAAGAGUUCAACUUUCAAUAACAAGACGAAGAUGUCUUAUUAUGUGCUUUGUAAUGUAUUUCUGCUACCUGUUUUUUUUUCUACUUAUGUUGUAGCCAGAAUGCCCCCGAGGUUGUGGAAUUCUUUGUGAUAAUCUAUGUGACUGUUAUUAGGAGAAAUACCAGAAGAGACACCAAGAAACUUUUACUUUAUAUUGAUAAUUUCCAUCAGUGGGAAUUAAGCAUAGGGGAAAUAAUCACUUAGUUGUAUUUUAUGCAGUAAUAACUCUCCACUGUCAUGGAUGUCCCUUUAUUCAGUUUCAUAGUCUUUAUCAUUUUAGUCAGAAUUAUAUGGAGGCUUCGUGAUGCCAGAUGUCUGUUCACUCACAGGAGAUUGCAAAGCUUAAAGAUUAAACU